CGGCGCAUCCGGUCACGUGUGCGCGGGCGGCGCGAUGCGGGUGAAGGUGCUGAGCCGCAACCCCGAUGACUACGUGCGGGAGACCAAGCUGGACCUGCAGCGCGUUCCAAGGAACUAUGACCCUGCAUUGCAUCCAUUUGAGGUUGCACGAGAGUACACAAGAGCUCUGAAUGCCACAAAGCUAGAACGUGUGUUUGCAAAACCCUUUCUUAGUUCACUUGAUGGCCACAAAGAUGGAGUUAAUUGCAUGGCCAAACAUCCAAAAAGUUUGUCUACUGUGCUGUCUGGAGCUUGUGAUGGAGAGGUUAAAAUUUGGAACUUGACCAAACGACAGUGUAUCCGCACUAUACAAGCCCACGAAGGCUUUGUUCGAGGCAUGUGUGCCCGCUUCUGUGGUACAUCAUUCUUCACUGUUGGUGAUGACAAAACCGUGAAGCAGUGGAAAAUGGAGAGCCCAGAAUAUGGAGAAGAAGAAGAACCUAUUCAUACAAUUCUUGGAAAGACAGUGUAUACAGGAAUUGAUCACCACUGGAAGGAACCUGUUUUUGCUACUUGUGGCCAUCAAGUGGACAUUUGGGAUGAACAAAGGACAAGCCCCAAAUGUUCUCUGACUUGGGGUUUUGAUAGCAUAAGCAGUGUAAAAUUUAAUCCCAUUGAGACUUACCUUUUGGGAAGCUGUGCUUCUGACAGAAAUAUUGUGCUAUAUGAUAUGAGAAAAUCAACUCCAUUAAAGAAGGUUAUCUUGAACAUGAGGACAAAUACACUGUGUUGGAACCCUAUGGAAGCAUUCGUUUUUACUGCAGCAAAUGAAGAUUACAACUUAUAUACUUUUGAUAUGCGCUAUCUUGAAUCACCUGUGAUGGUGCAUAUGGAUCACGUGUCUGCUGUUCUUGAUGUGGAUUAUUCACCCACUGGGAAAGAAUUUGUGUCUGCCAGCUUUGAUAAGUCCAUCCGCAUUUUUCCUGUAGACAAAGGUCACAGCAGGGAGGUUUAUCAUACCAAACGAAUGCAGCACGUCAUCACUGUAAAAUGGACUUCAGAUAACAAAUACAUUCUGUGUGGCUCAGAUGAGAUGAAUAUUCGCCUGUGGAAAGCUAAUGCUUCGGAAAAACUGGGAGUGCUUGCACCCCGAGAGAAGGCAGCUAUGAAUUACAACCAGAAGCUGAAGGAGAAGUUCCAGUUUCACCCACAGAUCCGGCGCAUAGCUCAGCACCGACACUUGCCCAAGAGCAUUUAUUACCAGAUCAAGGAGCAGCGGAUCAUGAGGGAGGCUCGGCGGCGCAAGGAACAGAAUCGUCGUAAGCACAGCAAGCCGGGAUCUGUGCCACUUGUGCCAGAGAGGAAGAAGCAUAUUGUGGCAGUAGUGAAAUAAUUGUUUUCACAUGUACAAAAUGCCACAAUGAAAGAAAAAUGUCACUAUUAAAAGAAUACAUUGUACAAAAUUUGAUGUACUUUGGUAAGACAGCAUGUGGUUCCAGAAACAUGACUUUUCUUCCAAGUUUGUACAUCCUCUGACUUCUCAAGCUGUUGUCUAUUUUGAGUAGUUAUGAGAAUUUCACCUGUAAUCUUUUUUUGCCAUUUGUCUCAUGUUACUGGCCGAACACUGCAUAUUGCAGCGGAGUUUGACCCUUUUAAUACAAGCAGAUAAUUUGGUGGAGAAUAUCUGUAAUUCCAGUUCUAUUCCUUGGUACUGUUACUACAAAAAAUGGAUAAAAUAGAUUAAUGCUUGUCAAAGCAAAAAAAAACUGCUUCACACAGACUUACAAAAAUUAUUGUCCUUAUGCUGUCUUUUUAAAAAAUUUUUAUUUAAACAAAUUUAAUAAAGUGAGCUUAAGCAAUGGA